AUGGGAACAAUUUUUAAAAUCCUAUCAGUUGAACAAUUCACUGGCGAAAUAUGGUAUGUAACACUGGAGAUGGUUAGUGAGGAACAUGAACCCUUGAAAAAUCUAUUUGAUGAUUAUAAAGCAUCCCUCGAUGAAGAGUCUUCACUAUUGCUGCUUGGUGAACUUUUAUCAGAAGGAUACGAUGACUGUAAGAGGGCUCGUCAUUAUUACGAACUAUUAAUUCGAGAAUUGCCCGAAGAUGAUAUAAAUGUUGGAUACGCUUAUUCUAGAAUUGCAGUUACGCUGGUCGGUGAGGGAAAUUAUGAAGAAGCUCUGUCUCUUUUCAAGAAAGCCAAGAAAAUAUAUUCCAAAGCAUUGACUGAAAAAAAGCAAUAUUAUUUAGCUGAGUUCUACAUCGAUUUGGCAGGUCUGUGGCAGAGUCAAAACAAUUACAAGAGAGCUUUAAAACUACGAAAAAAGGCUCUCAAAAUCCGGAAAACUCUAUAUUCAGAAGAUAACAUAGCCUUAGCUAAUACAUACAAGGCAUUAGCAAGUACUUAUCAUGAACUCGAUAAACUCUCAAUUGCAGUUAAGUACUAUAAAAAGUCAGAUAAAAUAAAUCAACAAAAACUCCCAGAAAAUCAUCCUGCUAUAGCUUCUACGUUGAGGAGUUUAGGUGAUGUUUAUAAUGACCAGGGUAAUUACAAUGAGGCUAGAAAAUAUUGUGAGCAAGCACUUCAUAUACUACUUGAAUCGAUGCCAACUAAUGGUGUUUCUAUAGCAGAAUGCUAUUUGUCAUUAGGAAGACUUUGUUCAAAUUUAGAUGAAAAUCAAACUGCUUUGAAACACUUUAACAAAGGUCUGGCAAUUGCACUAAAAUCUCGAUCUGAAAACGAUAGAAAUUUGGUUCAACUGUACACUCAUAUCGGAUCAGCAUACAAGAAGCUAAAAUAUCCAAAUACUGCUUUAAAGUACUACAAGAAAGCACUAACCAUUAUCGGUGAACAGUCUAAACCUUACUUAAACGAUCUUCUCGAGACGUACUGUCACUUAUUAUACUUAUAUUUCGAUCAAGACAAAUACUCUCAAACACUAAAAUAUUGCAGAAAAAUUUUACAGUUGAGAAAAUUUUGUCAGAACAAAUGCAUGAAUUUUUUUGCACAAGCCUACGAUAUGUUAGGACAUGUUUAUUGCAUUCAGAAAAAAGGCAAUCGACGGAUGAUUGU